AUAUCUUCAUUAUUUCAAUAUCAGAUUAAAAUGGCAUCAUCUUCAAAAAAAUUAAAAAUGAUGGAAGAAGAUAUGACCACCUAUUUAGAUCAGCUGUCCGACAAGGAGCUUCCAGCUGAGUCGGACACUGAUCAUGAUAUGUAUUACACAUCGUCUGAAUACUCAUCUGAUUCGGAAGAGGAAAGUGGCCCCACUGGAGCAAGUGGCUCCACUGGAGCAAGUUGCUCUCAUCAGGCUUUUCCUGACGAGUUGGAAGAUGAGGGGUAUCUUGAGGUUCUGCCACCAGAACAAUCUCUGCCUGAUCCUUUCCCUUUCCUAGAACAAUCUGGCCCCCUGCACAUGCCUUUACCUGAUUCUCACCCUAUCCAGUAUUUUCACCUUUUUUUCACUAUGUCUUUGCUAUCCCUUAUGGCGACAGAAACAAAUAGGUAUGCCCAGCAAGUGAUAAAUGGCAUGGGAGGGAAUGUGCCCCAAUAUCUCAAGAAGUGGCAACCAGUAACUGUUGAGGAAAUAAAGGGGUUUUUGGCAUUCAUCCUGAAUAUGGGACUAAAUAAAAAAUCUAGCAUCGCGUCAUACUGGUCCACUUCUGACUCCCAAAAUAUUCCGUGGUUUGGGAGAAUGUUUACUAAGCACCGCUUUUCUCACUUGCUACGAUUCUUCCAUCUCGUAGAUAACAGUAAGUUGCCUGGCCCAAGGGAAUUAGGUUAUGAUCCAAGUGCAAAAUAUCAACCACUGGAAGAUCAUGCGAAUAAGGUGUUCCGGCAGUAUUAUAUUCCACACCAGGAAAUAUGUGUCGAUGAAUCUAUGGUAGGUACUAAGUGCCGUUCUGUCAUGCGUCAGUUUAUGCGAGAAAAAAAUCAUCAUCAAUGGGGGGUCAAACUUUGGGUGAUGUGCGACUCCAUUUCGCACUACUGCCUGGGAUUCUUCACUUAUAAAGGGGCCAAAUUCCAGGCGGAGAAGCGCAUCGCUUCAAAGUUUGGCCUGGCAUAUACUGUCGUAUGUCAGUUACUGGACAUGGGAGAUUACAACAACAAGGCCUACCAUGUAUUCAUGGAUAAUUUUUAUACGUCGGUACCCCUUAUUCGCCACCUAUAUUCCCAGGGUACUUACUGUACUGGCACAGUACGAAAAAACAGGAAAGAACUACCGCUAAGAUUAAAAAAUAGCAAAUUCACAGUAGGCCAGAUAAGGUACUUCAGAUCUGGGCCUAUACUGGCGUGUGGCUUCCGGGAUAAAAAAUCACAACCCCAAUAUAAACCGGUUAUUCUUUUAUCUAGCCAUGCAGGGGCUCGCGACAACCAAAUUGAUAGGCGCGAGGGAGCUAAAUUAAUGCCCGAAGUAGUUUCUAGCUAUAAUAAAUUCAUGGGUGGGAUUGAUACCUUCGAUAUGAUGUUAAACACAUACUUAGAUGAAAGGAGGACUAAAAAAUAUUGGAAAAAAGUAGCAUUCAACAUCAUAGCCAGGAUGAUGUUGAAUGCCUACAUACUAUACACUGAAAAUUAUUCCGGAAGUCAAAGACGACUCUCUCACGUCAGUUUUAUCGAGGCGGUAGUUGAAAGCCUGGGGAGAGAAUGGAUGGAGGAGCGGGAAGCUGUACGUCCUCCGAAACCCCGAGGACCAGCAGGUCUCCGCAAGCUCCCAGGAAAAACAGCUUACAGGUGCAUUGUGUGCAGCACCUCAAAGCACAAAAGACCACCACAAAAGCCUGUGCACGUUGUGGAAAGGGGGUGCAUGCAAACUGCCUCAUAAAACAUCGCUGCUAGCACAGAGGUAAGUGCAUAAAUUGAUAUAAUUCUGUUUUAGUUUUGUGGAUAAAUUUUGCAUAAUGUACAAAACAAUGUUUUCUCUUACAGCUGUGGUUCCUGGGAGAUGUUUCCGCUCCUCCAUUUUCUGCCAUUUAUUUAUUGUUAAAUUAUACUACUGUACAUUUAUUUAUUGUUAUAUUAUAUUACUGUUCAUUGUUAUAUUAUCUUGUUACAUUGUUAUAUUAUCUUGUUUCAUUAUUAUAUUAUCUUGUUACAUUGUUAAUAAAGUGAAUUGUUUUUGUAUAUUUUGUGUUUUCUUGGUACAAAUCAAAGUUAAUAUAGUUGCUAUUCAUCACUGUCUAUAAUUUUCCAAAUUUUUAUUAAAUUUUGUUGAUUUAUCUGCAAAGUAUGAAAUAAAACAUAAUGAAGGAAAUGUUAACAAAUCUCUAAAAGUACGUGUUUCUGUUUAAAAGCAACAUAUAAUUAUUGUUUUAAAACACUUAUCUAACCUAACUCAUUUUACUCUGUUACAUAUCUGAGAUAUUAAACAUCAAGAGAAUAAAGUCAUAUUUUUAUUUAUUUCGUUAUGACAUUCAUUAUCUUGAAAUGUUAUUGAAAAACAUAUAAUAUCUGUUAUUAAAUACAAUUCCUGAAAUAACAAAUUCAUCAUAUUAUUGUCCAGGUUUAU